GCUCAUUCCUCUCUGCCUCAUUUCACAGCUUCCUUCUAAUUCUCUCUCUCCUGCUGCCUUUAACAUGGCACCAAAGAAAGUAGAACCCAAGAAGGAGGCAAACAAAGCAUCAGAACCGGAGAAGCCCAAGGAGCCUGACUUUGACCCAAAGAGCAUUGCGAUUGAGUUCACUGCAGAUCAGAUUGAAGAGUUUAAAGAGGCCUUCAUGCUAUUUGAUAGAACACCUAAUGGAGAAAUGAAGAUUUCUUACGCUCAGUGUGGAGACGUGAUGAGAGCUUUGGGGCAGAACCCUACCAACGCUGAGGUCAUGAGGGUGCUGGGUAAACCCAAACCUGAAGAACUGAACACCAAGCUCAUGGACUUUGAGACCUUCCUGCCCAUGUUUCAGCACGUGUCCAAGUCAAAGGACCGCGGCACAUUCGAGGACUUUGUGGAGGGGUUGCGGGUCUUUGACAAAGAAGGAAAUGGCACCAUAAUGGGAGCAGAGCUUCGCCACGUUCUACAGACAUUAGUGACUCCAGUCACUGAGUCCUGGAUAAAUCCUGUAGGAGAGAAAAUGACAGAACAGGAGGUUGAACAAGUGUUGGCAGGACAAGAGGACGCUAACGGCUGCAUCAACUACGAAGCUUUUGUUAAAUACAUCAUGUCUGGAUAAAUGAAAUAUCAGAGGAUUUAUCAGUCCUGCAGUGUCUGGAACCCACAAAAAAAUUGGAGAACAAAUCUAUUCAUACAAAUGUAUUUUUGCCCCACCAUCUUUUUUUUUUUUUUUUUAACUAUUUAUGUUAUGUUCUUGAUGUCUUGAAUAAAUGAUUCA